AUGACAGAUUUUAUAUUUCCUGAAAACGUGAAUACCUACGAAGAAGAGGUUGCGCAAUGGAUCUCGGAAGGAAAUGACCUAAAUGCAUCGAGGGGAGUUCCAUCUAGCCCAUCAAGCAGAGAAAUAUCCAGCGCCCCCGACGAAGGCUCGACCUCUGACUUUUUCUGGUACAAUGGCAGAUGGUAUACGUACACUACAGAUAUCAGUCCUGACCUGGAGACACUCGCACAAAGUUUAUGGGACGGCCGUAUUGACCUCGAAUCGGAAGUGAGCGAGGUACCCGCCAACACUCCAGUCACCGAGGACGACCAAGGAGAUGGUAGUAAGACACCUUCACAAUGGACCGAACAAAACACAUAUAUCCGAGAGGACACCCCCAUACCCGACUGGGACCAGGGAGAUCACAUCAAAUCCAUCUCGCAAGCCAGUGAAGCAACUACCACGAGCCGAGAAGUCACUCCGGUCCCCGAACAACCAACCUCACAACUUCCCUCCGCCGAAAAAUACAUCGCCAAACCCAUGGUUUCCAGACCAGAGGAACGAGGUAAUUUCCCAGAGUGGGACGGCCCGACCAGAUGCCCAUAUCGCUGUCGAGCUUUACUGGACACACAAGAACUCUACGUCUCACACAUGCGCACGCACAAAGGUAGGAGUUAUACCUGCGAGGCGCCUGGCUGUACCAAAGUUUACGUUCACAUGAGGACCUUGAGAAAACAUCAGCGGCAAGCCCACGGCAAUCCCCAGAGCGGUGGAUGCGUAGUGUGGUCCGAGUCUUAG